AAAUAAUUGUAGUGAUAAUACAAAAUGGCGAGUAGUCAACAUAUCGAUAAUAGUGCAAUAAACUUUAAAAAUUCUUCAAAACCAAAAAUAAUUUUAUUAUUUAGCGGUAAAAGAAAAUGUGGAAAAGAUUAUAUUACAAACAUUUUAUAUGAAAGAAUUGGGUCUGAUAACAGUGUAAUUAUAAAAAUAUCUGCACCAAUUAAAUCUCAUUGGGCCAAAUCUCAUGGUUUAAAUAUUGAUCAACUAAUGGGAGAUGGAAAAUAUAAAGAAAACUAUCGUCUUGAAAUGGCAAAGUGGGGAGAAAAUAUUAGAAAUACAGACCAAGGUUAUUUUUGUCGUGCGGCUCUAGAUAUAUAUAAUGCAUACGAUAAAUCAAUAUGGAUAGUAAGCGAUAUACGAAGAAAAACUGACAUACAGUGGUUUACAGAAAAUUUUAAAGAUAUAUGUAAAACAAUUCGUAUUGAAUCAGAUGAUUCAAUUAGAAUUGAGCGUGGUUGGACAUUUGUAACAGGUAUUGAUGAUGCAGAAACUGAAUGUGAUUUGGAUGAUGUAAACACAUGGGAUUUGAAAGUGACAAAUAAUACUAAAAGCAUAGAAUGUAUAUUGCAACAGAUUUUAGAAUUAAUUAAUUAAUGUUUAUAAACUAAAGUACAGAACUAUUUAAAACAAAAUAUUUUUUUUUUAAAUUGCAUU